AGGUUGUAUUUAUAUUUGUCGUAGUUAUAAAAGAAUGUUCGUUUUCUUAAGUGAAAAAUUAAAAUGUAUUGACAUUUUGGACAGGACCAAUAUGUUGAAAAAGUUUUGUUCUAUGGCGACAUGUAGAUUUUGAAUUUUUAUAUGGAUAAUGGAUAUGGCAAGUCGCCGACUUGCUCUGCUAUUAUGUGGUGGAUUGUUUUAUUUGGAUGAAGUGACAUCUGAAUUACUUCAGAAAUAAAGGCCCCAUUGUCAUUGUUUUGAACAGUACACAAUUGAAGCAUUAAAAGUAAUCCUGAUCAAUUACAGGUCUAACCCUGAACUUGGUUUUACAUUAUGCAGAAUAUCACUGAUAUAACGAUUGAUGAGAUUUUAAAACCUAGCAUGAUCAAGUUAGAAGACGACGUGAAACCGAAAAUCGUUCUAGAAACUGUAAAUGGGCAAACAAUUGAUGAUUCAUCAGUUGUAGUUAAACAAGAAAUAGAAGUAGAAGAAACAACCCUAUUACAUAAUAUAAAAUCAGAAAUUCUUGAAAAUGAAGACACUGUAAAACAAGAGGAGGAUUGCUCAGUUGAGUCAGAUCAAAAAGGAAUGGGAUUGAGAGUAUGCAGUUUUGCAAAAGAGAAUGAUAACCUUCAGAAUUUGGGACAGCCUCCAUCUUUAAGCAAAGAACCCAUCGGUCCUAAUUUAUUUAACCAAAAUGCUGCUCAAGGUACUUGUCUAGUUCUGCCAAACAUCAUGUUAGCCCCUAACAAUUUCUAUUAUGUGGGUGCACCAAAUUCAUUGCCUCAGUUAGUUUUCACGCUUGGUAUGAUACCAAGCUUAGCUGUUCCUCUGGUUCAGAUGCCAACUGUUGACCUAGGAGUCAAUACGGUUGAACCCAAUGUGCAAGAAAAUAACCUGAUCAAUGAACCUAAAUGUCAAAAAACAGUGACUGUACAAAAUAAACCAAAGCAAGUCCCCCAGCAUCGAAAAAUUAGACCAAAAAGUGGAAAAAACCAAACCGGGGAACUUCGAGUUGAAUUUGAGACUGCCGCAAAGAUUGAAAAAGCGAGUGAUUCUGUUCCAGUGGAAAUUGAUUCUUCGGACGUGGAAGUUGAUUUAAUUAUAGACGAAAUUAAAGACUCUGAAUCGCACCCAAAAUGCAGAAGUCCAAAGCUUGGUCCAAAGAGUAAUGCAAAAUUUAGGUGCGACAUCUGUUGGUUCGAAACGAAAUACAAGUGGGUAUUCGACACGCACGCCUCCGAGCACACGACGUUCAAAACGGCGAAGGAAUCGGCUCUGGUCCAGUACAAGUGUCCGAAAUGUCCGAACUACCCGAAAAUGUUCAAAACGUUAAUCGAAGUAUUUUUCCACGUCAAGAAGCGACACAAAAGCGCCCAGCUGUGCCGUUGCAGGGUUAGUUUGGCGAAACGGAGUUCCCACGUGUGCAAGCGAUUAUCUUCCAAGAUGGUGAUGCAGAUGUCGCACAGGGGAUGCCGGUUUUGCCGGAGAACCGUGAAAAACGGCCUGAAACGGCACAUCCUGCUCAUGCACAAGUACAUGAAGUUGUACCUGUGCGGUCGGUGCAGUUUCGACACUCCGGACGAGCUGCUUUUUCUCCGGCACAAAGUCAGGCAUGAGCUGAAGCUGCCGAUGAAGUCGAAGUCGAGGCACCGGUGUCCCGUGUGCGAGAAGCAAAUGAGGAACAGAGACGCGUUUAACAGGCACGUGAUAGCCUGCAAAAGUUGCAAGUACAUAGACUAUUACCGGUGCACCAAGUGUUCGUUUUAUUCAAACUCCAGGCUCAAGUUGCACUUUCACUUGGUGAAUGAGCACUUUCAGGACAGAGUGUUGACCUGCAAGAUCUGCAUGUUUAAGACCAGGAGUAUCAGGAUUCUGUCGAGGCACGUACUGACACAUUUCAGUCGGGAGCAAAUGGUUAAGUGUGAUAGGUGUUUCUUCCAAACUGAGCAUCCGAAACUGCUCAAAUUUCAUUCGACGAAUCACGGUGAAUGCGACCCGAAACUAGCCGUCUGCAAGGUGUGCCCGUAUCGUGCUCGAAAUAGCGCUGAGUUGAAGGAACACGUCAAGGAAAAGCAUUUUUUCCGUUGCAAAAGUUGCUCUUGGAGUACCAACAGCUGCAAGCUCUUUCGGAGGCACCGGUGCCAGUCCAAAAAUAUGCAGAUGCCUAAAAGGUACAGGUGUAACUGUCGCUUCAUCACGACUUCCAAAAGGGUGUUCCAUAAACACGUCAGACAUCACAAGAGGGCGGCCCAUUGGAAGUGGCUCACCCGUUGGUCUUUUCAUUGCAGGCUGUGCUCGUUUGUAACAAGUUGCCGGUUCAAUUUCUACGAGCAUAUUUCCGGGCACGUGCUGGACAAGGCGCACUCCUGCCACCUCUGUAAAUAUAAGAUUGUCAAGUUGAUGAACGCGUAACUGUGUGUUCAGGAGUGGGAUGUGUCGUAUAUCUCUUUUCCUGGCGCUGAUUCUCGAGCACUACUUUCACGUGCACUUAAUUUAAGGUUCGCCGAAAAUUCGUUAUUUUUCGUUAUAUCUCAGAACACACUAAAGUUGUUGGGGCCCAUGUUUACUUAAACCAGUUAUGUAAAAUGACGGUCAUUUGAAUUUCAUGUCAUAUGACCCUCAUUUGCUAGUCAUUUAUGUCGCAUAUAGGUCGUUUGUGUCAUUGAAGACUGUGGUGGAUAUUCAUUCAUAAAAUAAGACAUUUUUUAUUUAUAACACUUUUUAGACAUACACUUGCGCAUAUUUUAUGAUGAUAAAAUAUAUAACUAAAAUAACAUAGCACAACAAACUCUCAUCUAUAACUGGCAAGAGCAGGGACAUAAAAAACUUAAAUUUUUAGUUUAUAAAAUAAGAUAUAGAUAUGAUUAUCACAAUCUGGAUCAGUCUCACUCCCAGUAAUCUGUUGGCAUUUACCGGAAUCUUCUCCGGAACCUUCUUGCACUGGAUAACCCGUCAACUGAAGACGAAACGGUUUUUCAACCUAUCAUUAAGUAUGAACGUGUGUUAAUUUUCCAGCACGCUUAAUUCGCCUGUGUUUUGUAUGGAUAAACCCUUGGCUACGGAAUGACCUUUCUGUUGUUGAAGAAAUUGGUGGCAUUAUGAGUACAGCAAUAGCUAGCUUCCUUCAACGAAGGUUUGUUUAGCUAGUUAGUUUUGGGUUUUUCAUUGGAAUCUUGACGAAAUGUUUUUGAUAACUUCAUCAACAUCAAUAUUUAUAUACUCGAGCACCCUAUUUCAAUUGGUGGCAUUUGCUCUAACCACUUCUUGAUGUUCUCAAAAAUAACUAACAGUUUAUUAAUUUUAAUCCAAAAUAAAUCAUCAUCAAGAAUAUUAUGUCAAUCGUUUCUAUCCAAAUCAUGUGCUUCAUGGCUUAUUGCCAAAGUCUGCAGCACACAUUUGUUUCCUUUGAAGCAUUCAAGAGACAGACUACAUAUAGAUGCCCAUCCAGUGGUGGCAGGUAAUUUCAGGGACUUUCUCUCAUUAGUUUUGAGUUUCUCUUGCUGAAUUCUCUGGAAAGAUGCCCCUAGCACUGCUUUAUUUUUUAUUGUUUUUACUAUCGACUUAGCAGAGGUUAUCGUUAUAUUAACAGAGUUGAGUUCUCUAAGAUUUUCGUAAGCAAAUUCAGUACAUGCUACAUACAGCCAUAAUAAGAGACCGAAAACUCUAAAUGUUUUUCCUGAAAGCAACAAAUCUAUUUGGAACUAUAAUUGACUUAUCUUCUGGUUCAUACAUUCUUCCAUAGGUCUAUUUUCCCCUGUUGGAAAUUGUUUAUAAAAUACAAGCUUUGGUGUAGUGACUAUAAAAUUAAUAAUAUUUUCAUUCAAACAUCGGCAGUAAACUGAGCUUGAGUAAUAAGUUACCAACGGAUGCUUCUACCUCUAUCCAAUAUUUGUGUUUCAAAAUAACCCCCUGUUCCUGUUUUGAGAUACUACCGCACCAUUAUUUAAGCGAAGAAAAAUAUACAUUAGAGCAAGAUUGAGUCAUAGCGAGAAGUUGAUGGUCUAGGUGUAGUAGUUUUUACUGGAAGUGCAGUAAAAUCACUAUCUUCACUAUCUGAACCAUUGGUCGAGGUACAAGGUACAUUUGGGGUAUCCAAUGACUUGGAUUUCUCUUUUCGGAGGUCAUUUUUCACACUAUCUGUGCAUUUAUAGCAGCUCAUUUUCAUUCAAAAGAUGCAUUUAUUCGUAGUUAGUUUCCUUGUUCUGUCUUAUGAAAUAUUUUUGCUGAAAUGUUGAAAACAGCUCCAUUAUUUUUCAUACUGAUUAUUAUUUGUCUUAUCUCUGGAUUAUAUGAGUUUCUGAUUCCUACAAGUUUCACACAUUUUUUAACCCUAAGUUGAAAGUUGUUGAUCCAAACCCUUUCAUUCUUAGCAAAAUUCUCUGAUUUGUAAUUUGUAAAUUUACAGGAGAAAAUUUACCUUUUAUUGUACGGCAACUCUCAAGUGCAAAAGUUUGUUUAACAACACAUGAGGUUAUAUUUUUAAAUGACCGGUUGGUCACAAUCCAUUGACACAAGCAUAUGUCGACCGACUCACAAAACUGACUUAAAUUAAUAUAUUAUUUUCAUGUUUUGUAUAUCCGUGGACAAGUAACAGCAUAUUUCAUAUGCACUUAAAUCUUGAAUUUUAUGUCAAAUGUGACUUUUGCAACUCUAAAUAUUUUAUCGAUUUCUCCCACGGAAAACAUUUUUUAUAUAUUUGGGGUUGAUUUUCUUCUACAAGAGGUUCUGCUUUACUGUUCCGUUUUUAAGAUUUUAAAAAUAAAUGUAAGCAAAAAAAUCGUUAAAAGUAUUUUUUUCCAUUUUUAUAAUGCUAUCAUAUUUAGCAUUUAGAGAGAGAUUUAAAGCUAACGAAAAAAAUUGAUCGAGCACUACAGAAAGGUCACUAUUUUAACUAGUUGGAUACGAGAAAAUUAUAAAAAUGUUUUUUUCAGUUGAAAAAAAACGAUUUUGUCGUUUAAAUUUUUAAUGUUAGUUUUUAAUUAGCCGGCAUUUAUUAAUUUUUAAAAUAUCAACAAAUAUGUAAUAAAGGCUUUCAAUCGAAGAAAUCGAUCAUUUUUCAUAUUUUGUUUUUAUUUUUUUAUAUACUAAAAAAAUUAUGUAUCCGGCGGAAAUUUUUUUUUUCGGGGUUGGGGAAGGGAAUUUUUUGAAAUUUUUUUGUUACCACAAAUUUGGAAAUUCUGUGGGAAGUACUUUAUUUUAUACUUUUAUUUUAUAUUUAUUGCUUUAUAUAUACAAUUCAAGAAUUUCCGAUUUUAUUAUUUUUAAUAUUUAACGUCAGUAUCAAAUUAUUAGUAGAUAUAAAAUCCAAGCAGGUAGAAAAAUUGGGAAAUAGUCAAAAACAAUGACGCGCAUAACAAAAACAAGAAUUUCCAUCGCUAUACCCGUCUCGAUCAAAUUUACCUCACCUAAUCGACACUGACAGCAUUUUAGUUUAUAUCAUGUUGGCUAUUUAUAGUACUAUCCUCGGAGUAGUUAUACUCUAGAACCAGCGUGUCCAGUUUUGUGAUCUCUUCGAGCAAUAUGAGAGCAUUAUUCAAAAUAUCGUUUUAGAAUGUUUUUUUAACAGAAUUUUGUAAAUGUAACUCGUAAAGAUAGCUUUUAGAGGUGCUAAAAGCUUUGGACCUAAAUACACCUCUAAAGGCUUCUCUUAAAGCUGUUGUAGUUCUUAAAGUAGCAGAUAUGAACCUAAAACUGGUUCGGACAGUACUAUUUUUAGUCGGUUUCGGUCAGAUUGCAGUCCAAAUCGUUUUUUCAGCCGCUGAAAUGUCAUGAAACCUACAGAUAGCAACCCAAAACCUCACUUUUUGAGUAAAACAAUAGCUCCAAGUUAGAAGAAAAGACACCUAUUUUCGCAAUGGAUUCCAAUCACAAUGCGCUCUUCCGUAACUUAUCGUAACGAAAGCCACUGAUACCUCCAGAUAUCAACUUGAAACAUCAGUGGAUGCUUGCUGCCCCUCUGAGAAAGUGAGGUUUUCAGUUGAUAUCUGCUCGUUUGUUGACAUUUUAGUUAUAAAUGGCGAAAAACCUGCUUUUAACUAGAACUUGAUCGCAAUUGGCUAAAACAUGUGGAGUUUCAGUCACUUCUUGUGUGUUUUUUUUUUGUUACCGUUCGAACCAGAAAAUGAGGUGUUCAAGUUGAUAUCUGCAGUGGUUAUUUUGAUAAGAAUCUGACUGGAAUCCACUAGAGACAAGCACCUUCCGCGACAGAAAGCGUGGUUCCAAGUUGAUAUACGCAAGUGUGAUUAGUGAUGAAAACUGCUGCUCUAAAAUAUAACCUGUUAUUUAAAAGUAGUAUUAUUGAUUGUUAAACUGCGUUAUCUGAAAAAGAAUAUAAACAGAGGGCGGUUGUGGUUUUACCAUAUGUGUAUAUGUUGUCUGAUUGUAAUGCAAAAUCGUUUCGGGCGUGCGAGAAGAAAUGUCAGCGAGUAUUGCGAGUUGGAAUAAUCUUACGUGUAUUUCGGUGUUUCAAUAAAUGACGAU